UUUUCACAUUCUUGUUUUCACUUUUCCUCCUUCGUUCUUCUAUAUAUCCAAGACUUGCACCUCUGUCUCCUCCAGAAAUCAGGGCAGCGAGGAAACAUGGCUAAGGAAGUAGACUUAAAGAAAGUUGAGUUGAAGGUUUCUGUCAACUGCUGUGAUGGUUGCAAGAAGAAAGUAAAGAAGGCGUUACAAGGCAUUGAGGGUGUGUUAAAGACAGAAAUCGACCCUUUGCAGUCGAAAGUGACAGUCCUAGGGAAUGUGGAUUCAAAAGUUUUAAUCAAGAAGCUUCUGAAAGUUGGAAAACAAGCAGAAAUGUGGAAUUCCGGGAAUCAGAAUGCUGGAAAGGCAAAGAAAGAAGCAGAAGUGGCAGUGACAAAAACUGAGUGUCAAAAAGCCGAGUGCCUAGAUUCACAUGCCACAAUAACUGAUAAAACUAAGGAGAGUAUAGAUAGUGAGGAUGGAAACAAGAACAAAACAUUAAAGAAUGAUCAGAAGGAAAUGGAGAGUGCUGCAAAAAUUUCUAGUAUUGAUGUCAUUAAGAAUGAAAUUCCUCCGAAUCCUCAACCAUACACGAAUAGCACCGAUCAUCCAAUCCUAAUAAAUGAUGGUGGCAAUGUCAAGACUCAGACUCAAUGUUUUUACAUGGUCGGGCCUUCUGCUGUCACCACCAUGCCCUAUUAUGUAAUACCUUCUAAUAUGGCUCCUUUCCCACCAACUUAUAAUGGUCAGGAAUUCUACAACUCAUACUCAAUAUCUCAACCACCAUUCCAGACACCAGCAACGGAAGUUGGGGAUUAUUUCAGCGAUGAUAAUACUGUGGGAUGCUUCGUGAUGUGACUUGUGAGACCUCCAGCACAAUCAAUCACUAUGGCUCAAAUGAGUUGGAAAGGAGAUGGUUUUCCUUUUUUUGAUUCAAGUAUUCAUUUUAAGUUGGAAGUUCGCUAGUCAUUUUGUAGUCUAUAACAAUACAUUAUAUGAGACAUAUGAGUAAGAUA